CGCUCCUCGCCUGCAGCUAAUUCCUUGGCAAGGCCGUGCCCCUUUGUGUUCGCUGGGGCUGACUCCCAGACCGUACUAAGGCUGCUGUCCUAAGGACACUUAUAGGGAGCAAGACCCGUUGCACCCAAAGGGCCAAGCCAGGAAGCUGCGUGUGUCACUCUGCAAAAUGCAGUAUUCUCAUCACUGUGAGCACCUACUGGAGAAACUGAACAAACAGCGAGAGGUGGGCUUCCUUUGUGACUGCACCAUUGUUAUUGGUGAAUGCCAGUUUAAAGCUCACCGAAAUGUUCUGGCUUCCUUUAGCGAGUACUUUGGGGCUUUUUACAGGGAUACUUCGGAGAGUACCAUAUUUUUGGAUCAGAAUCAAGUGAAGGCCGAUGGAUUUCAGAAACUUCUGGAGUUUAUAUAUACGGGAGAUUUAAACCUUGACAGCUGGAAUGUUAAGGAAAUACAUCAGGCUGCUGACUAUCUCAAAGUGGAGGAGUUAGUCACUAAAUGUAAAAUAAAGAUGGAAGACUUUGCUUUUAUUGCUAAUCCCUCUUCUACAGAAAUCUCUAGUAUCACUGGAAAUAUUGCAUUGAACCAGCAGACUUGCCUGCUAACCCUUCGUGACUACAACAACCAGGAGAAAUUGGAUGCCCCUUCAGUGGAUGCGGCUCAGUCCCCAGUCUUAACUGCAACCACAGAAAAAAAAUCCGUUCAAACCAAAAAGCGAAAGAAGGCCUUCACCUCUCUGAAAAACCUGCCAAACAAGCCAGCACAAUAUCCAAGUGAUGCCGCAGAGAACUCUGUGGUGGAGAUGUUUUUAGAUGCGAAUAAACUAGCCACAGAGAUAACGGAACAGGCUGCCCAAGGUGGAGAUAAUUCUGAGCUGCAGCUUACGCCUGUGGUGGAAAGUGAAACCUUUGCUGCUCAGGAGAUCCUCGUCCAGACUAUGACUAUGAAGUCCAAGCAAGAUUGUGCUUUGAAAGAGCACUGCUUGUCCAACAUCACCAGCGAGAACAUCUCUUACCAGUUGGAAAGCUCAGGGGAGGAACUGGAUCAGAAAUACCCCAAGGCCAAGCCGGUGUGUAACACCUGUGGGAAGGUGUUUUCCGAAGCCAGCAGUCUGAGACGGCACAUGAGGAUCCACAAAGGAGUCAAACCAUACGUGUGCCAGCUCUGUGGGAAGGCCUUUACACAGUGCAACCAGCUGAAGACGCAUGUCAGAACUCACACAGGUGAAAAGCCAUACAAAUGUGAACUUUGUGACAAAGGCUUUGCUCAGAAAUGCCAGCUGGUUUUCCAUAGCCGUAUGCAUCAUGGAGAGGAGAAACCAUACAAGUGUGAUGCCUGCAACCUGCAGUUUGCAACCUCUAGCAAUCUGAAGAUUCAUGCCCGGAAGCACAGUGGAGAAAAGCCAUAUGUCUGUGAUAGAUGCGGGCAGCGAUUUGCGCAGGCGAGUACCCUGACAUAUCAUGUGCGGCGACAUACAGGAGAAAAGCCUUAUGUUUGUGACACUUGUGGGAAAGCCUUUGCAGUCUCAAGUUCACUCAUCACACAUUCAAGAAAGCAUACAGGUGAGAAACCAUAUAUAUGUGGCAUUUGUGGCAAAAGCUUCAUUUCUUCAGGAGAACUCAGCAAGCAUUUUCGGUCCCAUACAGGUGAAAGACCAUUUAUCUGUGAGCUGUGUGGAAACUCCUACACAGAUAUAAAAAACCUAAAGAAACACAAAGGAAAGGUUCAUGCAGGUUCCGAGAACCCCCCGGAUCCCAUCACACUUGACCAUUCCUUCAACGACCAAGAUUCCAUUCCAAAUGAGAAGAGCCCUUUGCUGGAAUCUGCUGAUGUGAAGCCUUCAGAUAUAGCAUUGCCUCUCCCCAUUGGGACAGAGGAUCAUCAAGUGCUGCUGCCUGUCACAGAUAGCCAGUCUCCCCAGUCAGACACGCUUCUGAGAUCUACCAUCACUGGCUAUUCAGAACCUCAAUUUAUUUUCCUCCAGCAAUUGUACUGACAUCCUGUGUGUGAUGAAAACUCUUGGGAAAACUUUGGCCAUGAGGGCAUAUUUGGUAAAGUGAACGUAAUCAUGCAAGCUGUUAUUGAGCUGGGCUUCAUGUUGAUUUCAAGUAGGGACAUUUGAUAAUGCACCUACAUUGUAGAGUGCAGUUUUCCUUUCUUUUGUUAACCUAGAACAAAAGGUUGCAUUUUUUUUGUCAUUUAAAAAUUCAAGAUAGAAUUUGUGCAUUUCUAGAAGAUGACUCUUUUUUUUCCUUCAGCGACACAUGCCUUAAGAAUUCUCAUUCAAUUGAUGCUGAAGAGCUCUUUCAGUGUUCAUGCAGAAGCUAAUCCUGUGUAGUCAAGAUGUUAAGUCCAAAUUGCCCACCCUCUACCACAGUUGGUUUUCUUCAAAUUGAAAAUUGCUGAACUGAGGAGAUAGCGGAAGAGCCUCUUGUUGCCUACUAACAAAGCUGUAAUCCAAGGAAGUCUAAAGCCUGCAACCCAAGUAAAUAAUGCAAAUAUGCAUGAUUUCUCUUUUUAUUUUGUGUAGAUUUGGGUUUUGCUAAUGAUGAGGAAAGGCCGGAAGCUGUGUGAGGGCAUUAAAAAAGUGUCUCAAUGCCUGGAAAUUUUAUUUAGUAAAUCCCCUGGUUUUGGAUAUUUUUAUAGGCAUUGCUCUCUGCAUACUUACGAAUGUCUUUUCAUAGCUAUAAGUAUUUUUCAACCUUUUUUUUAAUAGCAAGAAAUGAAGGCUGAGAUUCUCAGGAAGCUAGAUUCUGUACCCAGCACCAUGUUCUGGCACUUUCCCACGAUUGCAGCAUAUGCACAACCCUCUUUGAGUGUGCAGCUGUUUUGUACCCUUAUGCAAGUUCAGUGUUGUAGGACAUGGAGCCAGCGGCGUUGCCUCAUCAUUUAUAGUGCAAAUACCUCUCUUUCUUGUACGUGUUUCAGGUUGCAGACGUAUAAUUACUAAAUGCUCCAUCCACGUCUCGUCAUCCAAGGUUUCCUUUUUCCAGCCCUCUGAAAUUCUUGGCUUAGAAAGAAGGGACAGUUUUGUUGAAGUGCUGGUAGGAAAACUCCAUCUACUCUACUCUUUCCACUGGAUUAUAAUGAAACCAGUAGGGGAGCAGAUUCAAAGGGCCUACCGUGUAUAGUACACAUCUGUUUGUGUGUACACACAAGGGGAUGCUGGACUUGUAUUUUUUCUUAAAACAGUAAGAAAAAAAACAUCUCCCCUGUGUGACAUGGCAAACCACCGUUGAUUCUGAGGAGAAUUUAUAAAGUAGCUUGGGAUACAGCAUGGUGGGUUGCUGUUCAAAAAAAUCUCUCUCAGCUCUUUGGAUCCCAGCCUUUUAUUAAUUCUCUGUUUCUGUUAUACUUUAUAGAAAUAUUUAAUAUUUUGACAGUGUCCCAAAGAGUCUUAUUUCACUUCUAGCACUGUGCUGACAAUGUCUCCUGUAUUUUUAAACUGUUUUCCUUCAGCUAAUGAGAAAAGAAAUUGCCUUUGAAAAUCAUCAAAGGAUAGAGAACAUUUCAAAGGUUCAAGGUUUUUUUGUUGCGUUUUGCUUACUUUCUGAGGUGGCUAAGGUGUUUGAGAGUGUCCAUUCUUGUUGUGUAAAAGUGGUGUGCACUUCCUGGGUGCCCAUACUUCCUGAAACCCCCAUGACAUUCUCAGCUGGGCUUUCCUGUAUGUACAGAAGGCAGGAGCACUGCCAUGUGUGUGCCUGGCCGCUGUGCUGUUUUUUUAAAAGAGAAACUCUUUCUUCAGUGCAGAAAUAUUUUUAAGGUAAAAUAAAAAUGUUUCCCUUCAAAACAAUCAGUGAGUGCAUCAGUCACAUGCUCUUAGAAGCCUCUCCCCAUGUCCCCCACUUCAGUUAUUAAAACCUAGAGGAUGUCAUGAGGUCACUUUUCCUAUGGAGCUUUGUGAGAUUAGAAAGCACAGGCAGCUGGGAAGGCUGCAGAGUGUUAGUGGGGGGAAAACACACACCACCUACUUUGAAACAAUAAAUUAAGCUUAAACCCACCAAAAGUAUAAAGAAAUUCUAAAUUGCCCUGCAAAAGAGGCAGAAAAUGAAAUCCUCUUUCACAGAUAAGAUUUUUUUUAAGAAGCUGAACAGGUUUUGGCACAGCACUACAAAGAACUUUGAGGGGUGCACAUUUUAUAAACUAGCUAGUCCAGCAUGUUGUCUCUAGUUUUGUCUAGUAGGAUGCUUUCAAGAAGCUCUGUAGUAGGACCUGAUUAAAAUGGUUGUAGUUUGUUCCUAGCUUUUGGUAAUCAGAGAGAGACUGCUUCAGAAUAUAGAGGUUUUAUUCUUAGCUGUUGUGCCUAAUCGACAUUGAUAGAUCUAUCUGUCAGUUUCCUUAGAGGUGCUUUUAAUUAAAUAUGCAAGUGGAAGUGUUGGAAUCAACUGAUGAUUAUAUUUACAUUUCAUCAGUAUCAUAAUCAUCUAUACAAGCUCACUAAGAGAUUCAAGUUGAACAUUGUGUGAACACCUAAAAUAUUCUGUUUUUGAUCUCCUAAGAAAUACACUUUUUUUAAAAAAAAUAAAAAGCAAUUUUUAUAAUGUAGCUCACCAGUUACUGCUCACUGUGCUCCUUCAUGGGCUUUGCUGACUGCAUUGGGAGUUCUGGAAACUGCAGUACAAGCCAGGUGCCCCUGAGGGAAUGGAGGAGUACAGUUAGGGUGCAAUUGUUUAAGAACUUAUCCAGUGCAACAAAUGCAAGUUCAGUGUACAAUACAAGUAAUACAAAUAUUAUGUAGCCAUUCUAAAACUGAAGAACUUUGUGGCAUCUGGGAAGUAGAUAAAAUCCAAAAACUGCUUUGAGCAGGAUUUGUGAUGUCCGCUGGAAAAGACCUUCAUGGAUCCGUGCAUACUGUUCAAAUUAAAUGCAAUUAUGUAAAAAGGACAUUAAAUCCAUCACCAGAAUACAAGGAACUUUUUUACCCUACAUCUUCCCAGUGGUUCCUCUAGCCCAGUGGUUCUUAACCUGGGAUGCAUGCACCCCCGGGGGUGUGAGACACUUUUUCUGGGGGUGCGAGGCCCAACUAAAGAUUUUGGAAAACUCAUUUAUCUUAGCUAAGUUAGGCUAAAACACACAUUAAAAUUUAAUUUUUUUAAAAAAAUGAACGGUAUUUUUUCAGGGGGUGCGAGAGCAUAUUUUGGAAAUCCAAGAGGUGCUGGCAGUGGAAAAGGUUAAGAACCACUGCUCUAGCCUGACAGGCAGGUAACAAGAGCUUUUUGCCAUCUCUGCCACCUGGGUGUCUUUAACUACAUGCAAGUUAUUGAACCUGGUUUAGUAUGCAAAGCAUACCUUUUGCCAUUUGCUUGACUUUCCCAAAUUUUCAAAAUAUUUGGCCACUUUUUGGCAUGAGUGGAAUGGAUGAAUGGUUUGUAGGUGUCUGUAGGCAUUUCUCUGCAAUCCUAACAGGCUUAUACUUGGAGGUGGAAGAAGAAGAGAUGUGGCUCAGUGGUAGAGCAUGUUUUGCACGCAGUUCAUUCCCCAGUAUCUUCAGGUAAGCCUGGGAAAGACCCCUGUCUGAAAUCCGUGAGAGCUCCUGCCAGUCAGUGUAGACAAUACUAAGUUAGAUGGACCAAUGGUCUAACUUGGUAUAGGGCAGCUUCUUAUGUUCCUAUUGGAGCUAAUGUUUAGAAAAACAACCUAUGACUCUUAAGACUCCAUAUCCCAUGCUUGAUGUGCUUGGCUAGUAAACCCAUAUGAGUACAUAGCCUCUGACCCUUUGUUUCAAGAGAGUUGCAGUGCAGGCUAUAUAGAGACAUCUUGUAGCAAGCUAAAAUCCUGUCCCCUUAAGCCACAAUGCAAAGACAGCACAGCAAUAGGUUGUGCACCUGUACCUGCUCUUCAAGAUACCCUCUGCCAGUUGAAUAGUAGGAUCGGUGAUGUCAGUUCUGAUAAAGCACUAUCAACUCUUUUGACAGAAGAGAAAGUGGAUUGUAUGUAUGAAGUCUGAUGCCCAUUUUAUUCCAAGCAUGUUAUCGGAAUGAUACUGCGGACAAUCUGUUUAUUCGUGUGUGUGGUGCAGGAGUAUUAAGCAUGCAUUUCCCCAGGAAUAUCUUAUGUGGGAGUGUCUUCUCUUCCAGACCUGCUGUUUUCUCCAGCAGCUGCUUGUUUUUCUGAUGAGGGGUUUUAAAAUUUGAAUCUUGCUGAAUGCUGAUUGUACUACGUUUCUGUUAGUACAAACAAGCUGAGUCUUCAUCUGUGUCUUGCUUUUGCAAAACUUUCCGGACAUAUUUCUUCAUAAUAUAACUGCAUCAGCCAACUAUAUUUUCUUGAACAUACUGUAGAGUAUGCAUAUUUGAUAUGAAUGUUUUUACAUUUUUUGUGCGUCACUUUUAAAAAUUGUCUUGGACUUUAAAAAAUAUCUGUUCUUAGAUUUACAGUAGACCUUACGUAGCUGUUAAAUAUUUAUAAAGAUGUUUUACUUUGUAGAAUUCAUUUAAUUGUCUUUUGUACAUGAAGAUAUUUUUAGAGUCCAUUGUUUGAUCCCCUCCUUUCUAUUACACCAGUUCUGGGAGAGCUGAAAUCUGUUGCAGCAAUAAUUGGAUAAAUAGCAUGUUUUUAUUUUCUAACCUGUGAUAUAAAGAAAUACUGAGCCGUCAAGACAUAGCAUUCUCUUAAAGAUAUUCAUUCAAUAAAUCAUGACCUAUUGAUAUUUAAAAUAUGGUAGCAAGGGUAUGAUCAGCUGGAUUAUAAAGGAGUUUCAUCUUCUUAGCAAACAACAUAGAGGUAUGUUACACACCACCUUUCUGUAGAGUUUACUACUUCUACGUUUUGUUUGGAGUUCAAAGGUGCCUGUAGUUGAGCUUCUGAUAAAGGCCAUCCAACCAAAUGGUCCAUCAUUUGAUGUGACUGUAGCAGUUUUAUACAUACAGACAUGGGGCUCUGCCAACAUGGGGACUGCACUGUUCCCUAAGGGAAAGGACUGCUUAAAUCUUCUCUUCAUAUUUUAAGUUCUUAUUUGGAAUUUUACUGCUAGUUCUGGAAGCAUAACAAUUUCAAGAUGGAGGAGCUACUGUGAGUCCUCCCUGGUUUAAAUUAUUUUUGAAAUACUUUGUCAUAGACCUAAAGCAUUUUUCUUCCUGUUUCUGUGUAUAUAGCUCAUCUGCUUUUAUACUUCCUUGUGAGGGUUUAUGUACAUAACAUACUUUGCAAUAUUUUAAUGUUUAGAGUUGAAUAAAACUUGGUUUUGUAACA